GAGGACCCCGCGUCGAAUCGCUGACUGGCCCAGGAGUCGGGAAAAUGAUCCACAGUCUAUUUCUCAUAAACUGUUCCGGUGACAUAUUUCUAGAGAAGCACUGGAAGAGUGUUGUGAGCCAGUCUGUCUGUGAUUAUUUCUUUGAAGCUCAAGAGAAAGCAGCUGAUGUUGAAAAUGUACCACCUGUUAUUUCAACACCUCACCACUAUCUCAUCAGUAUCUAUCGGGAUAAGCUCUUCUUUGUCUCUGUCAUACAGACUGAAGUGCCACCUCUCUUUGUAAUUGAGUUCCUACAUCGAGUUGCUGAUACUUUUCAGGACUACUUUGGUGAGUGUUCGGAGGCUGCAAUUAAGGAUAAUGUGGUCAUAGUAUAUGAGCUCUUGGAAGAAAUGUUAGACAAUGGAUUUCCACUGGCUACUGAAUCUAACAUUUUGAAAGAAUUGAUUAAACCACCAACAAUUCUGCGUUCUGUCGUCAACUCUAUUACAGGCAGUAGUAAUGUUGGGGACACACUCCCCACUGGGCAGCUGUCCAACAUCCCAUGGCGCCGAGCAGGGGUAAAGUACACAAACAACGAAGCCUAUUUUGAUGUCGUUGAAGAAAUAGAUGCAAUUAUAGAUAAAUCAGGAUCUACAGUCUUUGCAGAAAUUCAGGGGGUAAUUGAUGCUUGCAUUAAGCUAUCUGGAAUGCCUGACCUUUCCCUUUCUUUUAUGAACCCGAGGCUUCUAGAUGAUGUCAGCUUCCACCCCUGCAUCCGGUUCAAGCGUUGGGAAUCUGAAAGAGUUUUGUCAUUUAUUCCUCCAGAUGGAAACUUCCGACUCAUAUCAUAUCGUGUCAGCUCACAAAAUCUAGUGGCAAUACCAGUGUAUGUGAAACAUAGCAUCAGUUUUAAGGAGAACAGUUCUUGUGGUAGAUUUGAUAUUACAAUUGGACCAAAGCAAAAUAUGGGGAAAACUAUUGAAGGAAUCACAGUGACAGUUCACAUGCCAAAGGUUGUGUUGAAUAUGAACCUGACACCAACACAAGGCAGCUAUACAUUUGAUCCAGUUACCAAGGUACUAACGUGGGAUGUGGGAAAAAUCACUCCACAAAAGCUCCCCAGUCUUAAAGGACUGGUAAAUUUACAAUCUGGAGCACCCAAGCCAGAAGAGAAUCCAAGCCUCAAUGUACAGUUCAAGAUCCAGCAGCUUGCCAUUUCAGGCUUAAAAGUAAACCGCUUGGACAUGUAUGGGGAGAAAUAUAAGCCAUUUAAAGGAGUCAAAUAUGUCACGAAAGCUGGAAAGUUCCAAGUGAGGACAUGAGAAGAGGCCAGAAUUCCUCAAGAUACGUUUGUUUUCCAAGUGUCAUUACGGUUUAUUACCAUUAGGUACCAAUUGGAUGUGAAUACAUAUUCUAGUUAAAGCAUUUGUGUCGAGCCACACACCGCUAACAGAGUUGCUUAGUAAUCAAUGUAGGGUUCUUAAGUAGCUUUAAGCUAAGGAAACUUCUGAAUGACUUAGCUUAUUUGUAUCUUGUCACUUAGGAAGAUUUUAGAGGUGAUUUCCUCCAUAGGGAGACACCAGCUGGAGGCUGCAUAUUUUAACAGUCAAGGCAAAAGUCUACAGUGAUAACCUCUCUCCUAAAACAAGUGAGCUGGUCUCAGCAGGAGCUAUCUUAGUCUGUAAUGUGAUGUGUCAAGUGCAGCCAAAUGUCACACUUGAUCUUAGCCAUCCCAAAUCUUCUGUCCCAACAGAGGAAAAAUUCCUCCCACCCCAAGAAGUUUACAGAAAACUGCCUCUUCAAGUGUUUGCCUUAUUCAGCUUUUCACUUACGCCAUUAAGCAAGCACUGUAGCAAAAGCCACUCCACAUGGCCCUGGCAGGGAGAACUGCUGCUCCAUGCUCCAUUCUCACUGUACUUGGUAUUGUAUUUUUUAUAAAUAAGAUUUUUAUGUAAAGCUCAGAUUUUGAUUUAUAGGGAUCUUGCUGCAGUAAGUACCAUCUCAGUUUUGUGCCACUUGGUUCAGCUGUUAGCACAGUAAAAAUGAUUUCUAUCAAAGGGGUGAAUGCUUUAAGGUAAUAAAAGGGAACACUACUUCUGCUUUUAGGAAGUUAUUGCAAGCACAAGCAUUUGAGAUUUUAAGCAAAUUAAUGUAGUAAAAGAGAAACUUAAGUGAACCUUUGCCAUCUUCAUGUUUUAUAAAGCUUAUCCAACACCACUUAAAACCAGUUAGCCUAAAGGCCUCAUGACCUAGUUCAGCUAAAGGAAGAAAAUGUGCCUGCCUCACUGUUGUCAAUCUUUUUUUUGUUUUUUUUCCUUAAAUCUUUUAUUUCUGUUGUUGUUCUUAAGGGUUUCAACUUGUCUACACUCCUUGUCUUCAGGGGAACUCCCUUUUCAUACUGUGUGCUUCCCAAGGCUAUAGUCAAAUAGAUUCCUUCCUGAAACUAUUGUUGUAACUGUCACUGGAGUACUUAAAUGUCUCUACUGUACUGACAAAGUACAUUAUAAUGAGGCAGAAACAAAAUCCUCAGUAACAUUGAUAAACCUGUAUUGAUCUUCAUGGUUGGCAAGUCAGUCCACAGUUAUCAUUUAACUUGAUUGACUUAGAAGUCCUUGCCCAGUUAUUUUGCUUCAUUAGACAUGAAGAAUGGAGAAAGUUAAGAUGUAAGUGCUUGUUCUUGCUAUUAGUUUUGUGACUCCAUUCUUUUCAUUGUCAACUUAUCCCUUACCCUUAUCAUGCUAAUCGUGGCCCUUACACUCAUCCCAUUCUGCUGUCAGGGAUAGUGGUUGGUGCUGGUACAGGGAGCCCACUGUACAGCAGCAUUCUUACCUUUGCCUGCCUAGGGCACCCAGCCUGCCUUUCAUCUAAUAGGAAAGGUUACUUUUUGCAACUUAGUAAUUUCUAGGGUAACCAAUAUCAGCUUGGCAGCUAAAAUUAAGAUGUUGCCAAAUAUUUAUUCCCUUUGCCUAAGAUUGGUUACCCAGUUCAAUUGCUUUUCAUUUUAAUGUCUUCCUCUUCAAAGUUCAUACCUCAAAAGAGCAAUCAAUACAUUUGCUUUUCUUUCUGCAGAAUCCCUAAUCUCAAUCAUCCAUAUAUGGACUAAUUUUCUUUCUGUGCUAUCUUCUCAUAUACAUGCAGAUUGUAUGCCAAGAGUCCCUUGCUUCUAGCAAUUUCUGCUAAAACUUCCAAGUAGACUGUUUCCUUUUACAAUUAAAUUAUUGUAUUUAUUAAUUUGAUUGAAUCCAGUAAGUCCUUUCUCUAGCUCUGGCUACACUGUCAAUAAAAAGAUGAAAGCAACAA